CGACCUCUAAAGACUCAUGUUGUCUGAGGAAGAAGCCCGGAAGAGGAGGAAGAGGAAAGAAAAGGAGUCAGGAAUGGCUCUUUCUCAGGGACAGUUGACCUUGGAGGAUGUGGCCAUCACAUUCUCUCAGGAGGAGUGGGAAUGCCUGGAUCCUGGUCAGAGGGCCUUGUACAGGGACGUGAUGCUGGAGACCUACAGGAACUUGCUCUCCCUGGGUGAGGAUAACUUCCCUCUAGAAGUUGGUAACGGGCAAUUUUUGGUGGGCUCUCCUAUGGAGUGGGUUUCCUUGGUAACAAAAUUCUUGAUGCAGAAUCCUGUCACUCAUAUCUUGCGACGUUAUCCUGCUGCAUAA